AUGUCCAUCGCAGCCACGCUGGCUGCACACAAGAAGAAGACCUCUAUCGCAAACAAAUACCAGCCCAUAGGACAAACUGGACCUGGGACGGGUGUAGGAGGCACAGCAGGAAACACGUCUAAAAGCAGCACCACUACCAACGGUCCAGAGCAAACAGUCGCGCCACCAAAACGGCCGCUUUACACGAGUAGCUCUCAAGCACCACCAACACCAUCAGCCAAGAAACCAAAACCUUCAACAACUACCACCCCUCCACAAUCUCUCCCUAUCCAUCUCGAUCAAGUAAUCUCUGACGCCACAGGAUCCCAGAUCAAUGCCUGUCAGUACAACACGACGGGCGAGUACAUCCUUACUGGGGGGGUGGAUCGGACAAUUCGACUAUGGAACCCAGAUACAAAGUUCUGUAUCAAAACAUACGAGGCGCAUGGGUGGGAGGUCUUGGAUUUGGCAGUAUCGCCCGAGAACGGCAAGUUUGCCAGCUGCGGUGGUGAUAGGACAGUGUUCCUCUGGGAUGUCAUGUCUGGCAUGACGAUUCGGCGAUUUACCGGGCAUACUCAGCGUAUCAAUGCAGUUGACUUCAACGAGGAGGGCACAGUAUUAGCUUCAGGCUCUUACGAUACGACGAUACGGCUUUGGGACUGCAGGUCACAACUUCGGGCACCGAUUCAGAUAUUAGAAGAGCCAAAGGAUAGUAUUACUUCUAUCAAGAUCAAAGGCAGCGACCUGCUGGCGGGUUCUGUCGACGGGUCAAUCAGGAUGUACGAUAUCAGGAUGGGAACAUUAAUUACCGACCAAAUUUUUGAACCGGUCACUUCGGUAUCGUUCUCAAAGGAUGGAAACUGUAUAUUGGCGAGCUCACUGGACGACACUCUGCGGUUAAUGGAUCGGGCGAAUGGCACAAUGUUGAACGCGUACAAAGGACACAUGAAUAACAAGUACAAGAUCCGGUCAUGUCUCUCCAACUCGGAUGCAUAUGUUCUCAGUGGAUCUGAGGACGGAAGUAUCUACAUAUGGGACCUCCUCGAGCCUAUCUCUAUCACCGACACGUUAAAGCGCCGGUUCCUGGAAUCGAUCGACAAUGUCAAGGUCGAGCCCGGUCGCUACAAGUAUGUCAUUGUCGAUGCGCGCGCAGCCCAGAUCAUGGCCUCGGCAGGAUGCCACAUGGCCGAUGUCUUGGCUCGUGAAGGCACCAUGUACCUCGAGAACUUGGAGUCAAGACGUGCUCCAUCGGCCAAUGUUGAGGCGAUCUACUUUGCAAUGCCAACAGAGGACUCUGUUCGGCGUAUUAUCCGCGAUUUCAAGGUCAACCAGAAUGCCACGUAUUCCGCCGCACAUUUGUUUUUCCUGGCUGCCAUGGACGACAAGCUGUUUGAUCACUUCCGAGCUUCGACUGACCCCAAAUACAUCAAGAGUUUGAAGGAAUUGUUCAUGGAUUUCAAUGCCGUCGAGUCCAGAGUUUUCACCUUAGGCAACGACCACCAGGCAUUCUUCAACCUGUAUUCGCCACAACAUCGUCAUGAGAAACAGCAUAAGGAGAUCGACACCAUUUCAAAGCAGUUGAUUUCUGUAUGCGCAUCGCUUCAGCUCAACCCUAUUGUGUCAUACCAUCGUUGCUCCGACUCUAGCAUGCAAAUCUCAAAGGGAAUCGCCAUGACUCUUCAAACGGAACUGGAUGAGUACUACAAGGGACAGCCUCGCGUGGGAGUAAGUACCGCCUGCAUCAGGAUGUCGCACGGAUUCACAGAGCGCAAGCACCCUCACCUGAUGAUCAUCGACCGUGCUGUGGAUCCUAUUACGCCAAUUUUGCACGACUUUUACUACCAGUCGAUGGUGACAGAUAUGCUCACGGUUAAGGACGGAAAUAAGUACGACUACAAGUCGUUUGGUCAGGAUGGACAGCCAUGUGAGAAGACGGCUAUGCUAGACGAGACAGACAAAACGUUUACAAAGAUUCGUCACAGCCAUAUUACUGACUGUUCCAAGUACCUCAAGGAAAACGUCAGCACUUUUGUCGCGGAAGCCAAGGCGGCUCCAACCAGCGGCAAUGCACUGGACGCGAUUAGGGAACAAAUGGCUAAGCUGCCCCAAUUCCAGGAGACUAAGGAGAAGUACACAUUACACAUGAACAUUGUGGACGAGCUGUUCCAGUUGACAGGACAUAACCGACUCGUCGAUAUUUCAAGGCUGGAGCAGUCGUUGGCAACAGGACAGCAUGCGGAUGGUGAAAUUCCUCCCUCAUUUGACCCAGAGGUUACCACUUUCAUGGAUGAUUACCGUGUCAAGAUGGCAGACAGAAUUCGCCUGUUGACGCUUUACUUCAUCACCCAGUCGUCGCCUCCUGACGUGCGCAACAACUUUUUCCAGCUGAGUCGAUGUGACUAUAACCUCCGCGAAAGCGCCACCAACAUUGAGUACCUGGGUGUCAAGCUAGAUGUCGCUGCCCCUCCACCAGUGAAAAAGUCAUGGUACGCCGAUCUGUUGAAGAAGAAGCCUUUGGAGGAAGACGAGCCUGAGUAUGACUUGCCGCGCUAUGUCCCCACCGUCAAGACCAUUAUCGAUGGAGUUGUGAAUGGAAACUUGGAUCGCGAAUUAUACCCUUACACAUUGGGACCCGACCAGCUGGAGGACAUUCAAGCGCCCAAGACAGUGCGUUCCCUUCGAUCGGCCCAACCCACAUUCCACCACAAGGGUCGUCGCAACGAGCCCCAAGGCCGUCUGAUUGUGUUCAUCGCAGGAGGAAUGACCUAUAGCGAGAUCCGUGCUGCAUAUGAAUCGGCAGCUCAACACAACUGGGACGUUUUGAUCGGCUCAACCCACAUCGUUACACCUCCUUCGUUCAUGGAGGACCUGAGAAUGCUCAAGAACCCUCCUCCCCCACCACCAGUCCGUCCUCGCUCGCCUUCUCCACCACCACAGCCGGUUGCCAAGAACAGUGGGGCUUUUGCGUCGGUCAAGAAUGUGUUUGGAGGCAACAACAGUAAUAAUGCGCCCAAGCCUGCUCCCAAGCCUGUCCCCAAACCUGCGUCGCAGGGAUCUGGACAGCAACAGCAACAGCAGCCGCACCCUCCCAGACCCACAGGCCAGUUGCAACAGCAACAUCAUCAGCAUGGUGAUUCCAAGUACAAGGAAAAGAUCAAGGGCUUCUGGAACGAGUUCAAGUAA